GGCAUGCUGGGUGAGGAGGAGGACGGUGAGCCGAGGGCUGGGGGCGCCGCAGUCCUCUCUGUGCUGGCUGAGGAGGGGGACACCCGGCAGCGCUACGAGGAGCUGUGCAGCAGCCUCAACAUGGAUGAGCGCGCCCGCUCUGAGGCCUGGCUCAGCUACCAGAGCAUGAAGCGCAACUUCACCCUGGAGGGAAAUGAUCUGCACUGGCUAGCAUGUGCCUUGUAUGUGGCUUGCAGAAAAGCAGUUCCCACUGUGAGCAAAGGGACAGCUGAGGGAAAUUAUGUAUCUUUAACCAGAAUUUUGCGCUGUUCAGAACAAAGCUUGAUCGAGUUUUUUAACAAGAUGAAAAAGUGGGAAGACAUGGCUAAUAUUCCUGCCCAAUUCAGAGAACGAACUGAGAGAUUAGAGAGAAACUUCACCAUUUCUGCUGUAAUUUUUAAGAAGUAUGAGCCCAUUUUUCAGGACAUUUUCAGAUAUCCUCGAGAAAAUCAACCUCGUCAACAGAGAGGGAGAAAACAGAGACGACAACCAUGUACUGUGACAGAAGUUUUCCAGUUUUGUUGGGUGCUGUUUGUUCAUGCAAAAGGUAAUUUUCCUAUGAUCAGUGAUGACUUGGUCAAUUCCUGCCAUCUCUUGUUAUGUGCUUUGGAUCUAGUGUAUGGAAAUGCUCUCCAGUGUCCAAACCGUAAAGAACUUCUGAAUCCUAAUUUUAAAGGUCUACCUGAAGACUUUGACAGUAAGGACUAUAAAGUAUCGUCUGAUCCUCCCUGCAUCAUUGAAAAACUGUGUUCAUUACAUUACGGAUUAGUUUUAGAAGCAAAAGGCAUAAAGGAACAUUUUUGGAAGCCGUAUAUUCGGAAACUUUUUGACAAAAAGCUUCUGAAAGGAAAAGAUGAAAAUCUGACUGGAUUUCUAGAUCCUGGGAACUUCGGAGACAGCUUCAAAGCCAUCAACAAGGCCUACGAGGAGUAUGUUUUGUCAGUUGGAAAUCUUGAUGAGCGAAUAUUUCUUGGGGAGGAUGCAGAUGAAGAAAUUGGAACUCUCCCAAGGUGCUUAAAUACAACUUUGGGAAUGGAAACAGCUGAAAGAGUACAAGUGAAGCAUAAUUUGCAGCAGCACUUUGACAGGUCCAAAUCACUCAGGAUUACAACCCCACUUACUGGCCGCAAGUAUAUUAAAGAGAUCAACCCAUAUGUGACACCUGUUUCCAUGGCAACAUACAGCUUGAGCCGCCUUCACAUGAUGCUGGCAGGACUGAAGAAUGCCCCCAGUGAAAAUCUGGAGCAAAUAUUCAGGGCAUGUUCCAGAGAUCCUUCUCAAUCUAUUGCCAACAGAGUAAAAGAAAUGCAUGAAGUAUACUGCCGGAGCACACAGUCUGAAGGAGAAUUCAGUAAUUUUUCCAAAGAUGUUGCUAGUAAGCAUUUUUGUCAUGCCGAGGUGCUAUACUACAAGGUCUUGGAGUCUGUCAUUGAGCAAGAGAGGAGGAGACUGGGAGACACUGACUUAUCUGCAAUACUGGAGCAGGAUGUGUUUCAUCGAUCACUGCUGGCAUGUUGCCUUGAGAUCAUUACCUUCACGUACAAGCCACCUGGAAACUUUCCAUUCAUCCCUGAAAUAUUUGACAUUCCAGUUUAUCAUUUUUAUAAGGUAAUUGAAGUUUUCAUCAGAGCAGAGGAUGGCCUUUGUCGGGAAGUAGUAAAACACCUUAAUCAUAUUGAGGAGCAGAUCUUGGAAAGCAUGGCAUGGAAACAGGAAUCCAUACUGUGGGACAGAAUCAGAGAUAAUGAAAACAAGGUUCCUACUUGUGAAGAGGUAAUGCCACCUCAGUAUUUUGAGAGAUCUGCUGGGAACAGUGUUGUGGGUUUUCCAUUGACACCGAGACGAAUAAAUGAGGUCCGUGCUGAAACUGGAGGACUAGGGAAAGGCCUUUCAUCCCCUUCAACCACCCUGUAUGACAGAUACAGCUCUCCUACAGCCAAUCCUACAAGGAGAAGGCUGUUUGCUGAUAACGAUAACAACUCUGACAGCGGCACUCCAGUGAGAGUUUCCCAACAGCCUGUGGUGAAUACGGUGCCUGUGCAGAACAUGAAUCCCGAAGCCAUGUCAGUAACCCCAGUGCCUGGCCAGACACUGGUUACAGUGGCAACUGCCACCGUAACUGCCAACGAUGGGCAAACUGUGACAAUACCAGUACAAGGUAUUGCCAAUGAAAACGGAGGAAUAACUUUCUUCCCAGUCCAGGUAAAUGUGAGUACCCAGGCUCAGGCUGUCCCUGGCCCCAUUCAGCUCCUCAGUGCCCAGGCGCUCACAGGUACCCUGAACACCCAGGUGACAGGGGCUACGCUGCAGUUACCCAGCCAGGUCACUGUGCAGCAGAUCUCUCCUGGAGAGCAAAGGCAAACCCAGCCCUUUGCCGCUGUCAUGUCCAUCAGGCUGCGGAAGAUGGGCUCACUUUCACUCUUCUUUAGAAAGGUGUACCAUUUAGCUAGUGUUCGCCUGAGAGAUCUCUGUGUCAAACUCGAUGUAUCUGAUGAGCUGCGGAAAAAGAUCUGGACAUGUUUUGAGUAUUCCUUGGUGCACUGCCCUGAAAUCAUGAUGGAUAGACAUCUGGAUCAGCUGCUGAUGUGUGCCAUCUACAUAAUGGCUAAGGUGACCAAGGAGGACAGAUCAUUUCAGGACAUUAUGCGCUGCUAUCGGACACAACCACAAGCCAAGAGUCAUGUAUAUCGGAGUGUCCUGAUAAAAGGCAGGAGAUGCCGACGAUGCUCUGGCAGCAGUGACAGCAGCAGCCAGCAGAACUCGCCUACAGAGAGAAGUAAAGAGAGGAACAAGGAAAGAAGGAGCAGAGACUCCAGCCCCAUGAUGCAAUCCAGCAGCACCCUGCCUGUUCUGCACCCCAGCAGUGCCCCCCCCACCCCAACCUGGCUGACUGGGGCCAACAGCGACACCAAGGAGGAGGAGCGAGGGGACCUCAUACAGUUCUAUAACAACAUCUAUAUCGAGCAGAUCAAAGAAUUUGCCCUGAAGUACACCUCAAAUGCAAUAGACUCCCCUCCGCUCUCGCCCUACCCAUUCAUGCGUGUGGGCUCCCCUCGCCGCGUGCAGCUGUCCCACAACCACCCUGUGUACAUCUCGCCACACAAAAAUGAGUCUGCGCUCUCUCCUCGAGAGAAAAUAUUCUACUACUUCAGCAGCAGCACAUCUAAGAGGCUAAAGGAAAUUAACAGCAUGGUUAGAACUGGAGAAACUCCAGCAAAGAAGAGAGGCAUUCUCUUGGAAGAUGGUACUGAAGCACCAGCUAAGCGCAUCUGCCAGGAGAAUCGCACUGCUCUGCUAAGGCGGCUACAAGAUGUAGCAAAUGACCGAGGCUCUCACUGAGCCCAGUGUUCCAGCACAGGUAUUCCUUCCUUCCUGCCUGCCUGCCUCCCCUCCUCCCCCCCACAGGCCAGGCUGCAUCACCCAACACAUGGGGUCA